CCCCCCUCGGAAACCCCGGCCAGCCCCAGGAGCGCCUGCGGCGGCGGCCCAGCCAGGAUCGGCUCCAGGAGAUGAUAGAAAGUGACAUCUCAUCCAUGAUGUCAGGAAUUAUUCGAAACUCAGGGCAAAAUCACCACCCCUCUCCACAGGAAUACAGGCUCCUGGCCACCACCUGUGAUGAUGACCUUCCCGGGGACCUGCAGUCUCUGUCGUGGCUCACGGCCGUGGAUGUGCCAAGGCUGCAGCAGAUGGCGAGUGGCCGUGUGGACCUGGGCGGCCCCAGUGUACCACACGCGCACCCAGGUGCCUUGGCCAGGGCGGCUGACCUGCAUGUGGCAGCCGCCCCAGGCCACCUGCUCCAAGGCCCACCUGGCAUAGCCCCCCAAGGCGUGCUGGGCCUGAGUCCCCUGACCAGCCACGGCGCCAGUCAAAUGAACCAGUUCGCUGUGGGGGGCCAGCCCUCGCCCAGCCUGCAGAGCCCACCGCAGCUGUACCCUUCCGCCUCGCAACCUCAGUUCCCGCUAGCCCCAGGGGUCCAGCAGUGUGCUCCUGUGGGCCUGUAUGGCUCCCCGUUUGGGGCACGGCCUCCCUACCCCCAGCCCCGCAUGGCUAUGCAUUCAUCCCAGGAACUGCACCCCAAACACUAUCCCAAGCCCAUCUAUUCCUACAGCUGUCUGAUCGCCAUGGCCCUGAAGAACAGCAAGACAGGAAGCCUGCCUGUGAGCGAGAUCUAUAGCUUCAUGAAGGAGCACUUCCCCUACUUCAAGACAGCUCCUGACGGCUGGAAGAACUCUGUACGGCACAACCUGUCCCUGAACAAGUGCUUUGAGAAGGUGGAGAACAAGAUGAGCGGCUCCUCGCGCAAGGGCUGCCUGUGGGCCCUGAACCUGGCCCGCAUCGACAAGAUGGAGGAGGAGAUGCACAAGUGGAAGAGGAAGGACCUGGCUGCCAUCCACCGGAGCAUGGCCAACCCCGAGGAGCUGGACAAGCUGAUCUCGGACCGGCCGGAAAGCUGCCGACGCCCUGGCAAGCUGGGGGAGCCUGAGGCCCCCGUGCUGACCCACGCCACCACGGUGGCCAUGGCCCACGGCUGCCUGGCCGUCUCCCAGCUCCCACCCCAGCCGCUGAUGACCCUGUCCUUGCAGUCAGUCCCCCUGCACCACCAGGCUCAGCCCCAGGCACAUCUGGCCCCAGACUCUCCGGCCCCGGCCCAGACCCCACCUCUGCACGCCCUGCCGGACCUGAGCCCCAGCCCCCUCCCCCACCCCGCCGUGGGAAGGGCGCCUGUGGACUUCGUCAACAUCAGCCCUGACCUGAACACCGAGGUGGAUGCCCUGGACCCCAGCAUCAUGGACUUCGCUCUGCAGGGGAACCUCUGGGAGGAGAUCAAGGAUGAAGGCUUCAGCCUGGACACACUGGGGGCCUUCGGAGACUCCCCGCUGGGCUGUGAGCUAGGGGCCUCAGGCCUGACCCCCGUCUCUGGUGGCAGCGACCAGUCCUUCCCAGACCUUCAGGUGACCGGUCUCUACGCGGCCUACUCGACCCCUGACAGUGUGGCCACGUCAGCCACCACCUCCUCCUCUCAGUACCUGGGCGCUGCGGGGAACAAGCCGAUAGCCCUUCUUUGAGCUGAACGCCUCGCCUGCCCCAGAAGGUGGGCCCUGGAAGGAUGCUCAUGGGGCCAGGUGCUCCCGGAAGGGCCCCCUUCCCUCCCACGGGCCUCUGAACCGUGGCUGCUGGCUGACCUUGCCUGACCUCCAGGGGAAGUUUCUGGGCCCUCCUCAAGUCAGCAGGACAGGAGAGAGUGGACAAGGCCCCUGUGAUGCUCCUCCGAGGCUCGAGAUGCGAGGCCUGGCCAAGCUGAGAACAAGGUCUCUCCAGUCUGCCUCCUCACUGGUUCCUGAACGACCUGCAGCCCACUUUGGGACCAGUGCUCCACAGAAACACCCCGGUGGGAAGGCCUUUAAUUUAUUCUCCUGGGAUGAAACACUUGCCUCAGCCUCCAGCAGACAGGCCCCGAGGCCGGGGUGGGCUGGCAGACUGUCCAGCCUUCGUGGACCAGAGCAGGUUGAACGCUGAACCAGGCACCUGCCCCACUGGCCUGCAGGCCCCCUUCCCUCGUAGUCUGUUAGGGUUUCAUAGGCAGAUUCCUGAGCCACACCACGCACUGUGACCCUACGUACCUUUAUUUAUAUUUAUUGGAGCCCAUCCACGCCACCUCCUCAAACCCUGCCUGUGGCCCCUGGAAUGAGAUUCCCUGGCCCCUCACUGCACCCCUCAAUUAUCCAUACAUCACAUCUCCAACUGACCCUUAAGCCCUCUGCAAUCUUGGGCUGCUUUUUUAGAACAAGAAAGCACUUUUGAUACAGUGAAACAUCCUUUUUAAAAUUAGAGAUUGGAUAUUGUCCUCAUGCUUAGUCAUGAUUCAAACCUCUUGAAAUGUGCACCUAAGAAGGGAGACUCCUUGUUUGGAUUUUGGGGGCUUUUAAGUCAGAAUGGGAUGGGAGGAAUGGGAAGGGGUUUUUUAUACUGGAAAUGAAGACACCCCUGAUGAAAAGAACGUUAAUUGUGAACCAGGUAAAGCCUGAUCCACGUGGCUAGUGGGGCUGUAGAAGCUGCAAUGCAGAGUAUUUAUUGGCACUUGUUGGCCUGUCUCAUUGCCCCAUGACCUUCUUUAUGUCUUUUUUCCCUCUCUUGUUGCCAGUGACUGACUUUCCAAGUGGCAGUUUCUACAGAUAGUUGGCUUAGAGGGGAGCCAGGUGAGUGGCUGGGAAAAAAGUUGGUAACCAGGGAUCAUCCAUCUAAGCUGAGAUGAGAAACCAUGGCAACUGCUUAAACCACUGUCCUCUCUGGCCCUACCGGAUGUUCGGUUCCUCCAUCUGGGAGUUCCCAAACCCUAGAGCCAGAAUUUUCUGAGUAAUCCACAGGUCUGCCAGCCACCUGGCAGGCUUGGUGUUCAGGCCUGUCUUGAAGGACCAUCUCUAACUUCUUCCAAAUUCUGGAACUUUCUGCCAAGCAUCACCAUCAUUACUCAGAGCCCAGUGCUACCUGUCAGAACAGCACUCCUGCUUUCUGUGACAUGACACCCCCUCCCAUAAGAUGUUUGAGUCAUUGUUAAUGAAGACUGUGUUUGGGCGACCCCAGGACUGUGUAUCGUAGUGUUGGAGACCCAUCUUCUGUCAAUAAAGGCUGAACGCAGCUCUGUGGCUCAGGGGGGUGGGGGGGAGGGCUGAACAGGGGAGGGAGGGGCAGAGGGCAAGAGCGCCUCCAGCCCCUCACAGUGGAGACCCACUUACAGAUGGGAAAACUGAGGCCCAGAGACUAAACACUGGACCCAGGUCCUCU